GAACCGCGUGCUCGCUGCACUGCCGCCCGCCCGGAUCUCUUUGGCAGUAGCACCGUGCGGACGGUGGCCGUAGAGAGAACGCGUUCGCAAUGCCAAAAUUGCAAAAAACCAAAGGAGGGAAGCAAGAGAAAAAAGCUGUCCAUCCUUACAGUAGGAAAGCUGCACAACUCGCUAGGGAAGCACACAAAAAGGAUAAGAAAGAGAAGUUGAAGACUGAGAAAGCUUUACGUUUGAGUAUUAUUGGAGAAAAACUGCAAUGGUUCCAGAGUCACCUUGACCCCAAUAAAACUGACUACACAAAGAAGGAAGCUUGUGAACUAAUUGAAGAAUAUAUGGAACGAUUCAGUGCUGAGUUGGAGCAGAUUGAAUUACGAAACAGUAUUAGAGGUAGACAGGGAAGACAGCAUGGAUCAAGGGAAGCCAUCAUCAGGCAGACCAUGGAACGUGAAAGACAGCUCUAUGAAGGCUAUGGGAUAGAAAUCCCAGACAUUGUGAACAGCAAACACCUUAAAUUUUUCAGGGAGUGGGAUGGUGAUCUGAAGAAGCUGCCAAACAUCAAAAUGAGAAAGCUGUCAUAUAGGGAUGCUGUUUGCAUUCAGUCUGAGACAUCAGAUACAGAAGCUGAAAAAGAACUGAAUAAAACAGAAGACGUGGCAUCAUGAAGAUUCAAGAGCUGGAACAACUGAAGGGAAUUCUCUAGAAAUGUGCUGGCAGACCAGGAGGCAAAGCAGCACUUGAGGAAGAAUCGCAAAAGCCUUUGCCAGAACUUCAGCUGAUUUGCUCUUUUGACUGCUGCCUUCUUUGGGUCUCCUGGAAGCAGCACUCCUGCUUCUGAGACCUAUUAAGUUUUUUGUUUGUUUAUUUUUAAUAAAACCAUUGAAAAUCUCA